GCCCCCUCCUGUCGCCCUCCCCCAAACGACGGUGGCCGCACUGGGAGCAAAAGCAUCCAGCACGUCCAACGAGGGCCAUGCCGGAGCCUGCGCUCGGCCCCGCAGGGACGGCGUGUGCGCGUGCGCUUGCGCAGAGGUGUAACGCUGGAAGGUACGCUGAGGCUUUGGAGGUGGAGGCGCGGCGCCCGGAAGGUGAGAACCAUGUGUGCUCAGUACUGCAUCUCCUUUGCUGAUAUUGAAAAAGCUCAUACCAACAUUCGAGAUUCUGUCUACCUCACGCCAGUGCUCACAAGCUCCAUUUUAAAUCAAAUAGCAGGGCGCAGUCUUUUCUUCAAAUGUGAACUCUUCCAGAAAACUGGGUCUUUUAAGAUUCGUGGUGCCCUUAAUGCCAUCAGAAGCUUAAUUCCUGACACUUUGGAAGGGAAGCCCAAAGCUGUUGUUACUCACAGCAGUGGAAACCAUGGCCAGGCUCUCACCUUUGCUGCCAGACUGGAAGGGAUUCCUGCUUACAUAGUGGUGCCUCAAACGGCUCCCAACUGCAAGAAACUGGCAAUUCAAGCCUAUGGAGCUUCUAUAGUGUACAGUGAACCGAGUGAUGAGUCCAGGGAAAAGGUCACUCAAAGAAUUAUGCAAGAAACAGAAGGCAUCUUGGUCCAUCCCAACCAGGAGCCUGCAGUGAUAGCCGGACAAGGGACAAUUGCCCUGGAAGUGCUGAACCAGGUUCCCUUGGUGGAUGCACUGGUGGUCCCAGUAGGGGGAGGAGGAAUGAUUGCUGGAAUAGCCAUUACAAUUAAGGCCCUGAAACCCAGUGUGAAGGUAUAUGCUGCCGAACCCUUGAAUGCAGAUGACUGCUACCAGUCCAAACUGAAAGGGGAGCUGACUCCCAAUCCUCAUCCUCCAGAGACCAUAGCAGACGGUGUCAAGUCGAGCAUUGGCUUAAACACCUGGCCUAUUAUCAGAGACCUUGUAGACGAUGUCUUCACUGUCACAGAGGACGAAAUCAAGUAUGCAACCCAGCUGGUGUGGGAGAGGAUGAAACUGCUCAUUGAACCCACCGCUGGCGUCGGACUGGCGGCGGUGCUGUCGCAGCAUUUCCAGACAGUCUCUCCAGAAGUGAAGAACAUCUGUAUUGUACUCAGUGGUGGGAAUGUAGACUUAACCUCCCUAAGCUGGGUGAAGCAGGCUGAAAGGCCGGCUCCUUUCCAGACUAUUUCUGUUUAAAUUCAUGAGGGAGAAGUUGUCUCUAGAUGAAAAUUGUUUUCCGUC